CGGAAGUCUCCAAUCCUGUGGUUGAGACUGUCACUCACAAGACCGGUGCCAGAAAUCUCGAAAGCGCAUCUCAAGCGGACACUGGUUCCAAAGGCUGGGUGAUGGAGGUCCAAGCCAUCGCGGAACACCAGUCGCAACCUCAGUCAACGGAGCCAGUAUUGGCUGUCAAAAUGAACUCAACGACAAAGCAGGAGCCAGAGCGACGGGAAAACCCAGCCAAGCGACAACGCAAUGUUGCUCGUGGUGCAUCCGAGCGCCGCAACUUGAAGGACGACGAUCCCUUCGCUUCGGAGCCAAAUCUAGCGCCACAUCGCAAGAUUCGAAACGUACUGGCAGAUGCGCGAGACAGGACACUUGCUACAAUUUCGGAACUGAAGGACGUUCGUCGCAAGAAGGAUGAACCCCAACCCUCCCAAGCCUGUGACGGCCACCAGGAGUUCACGGCGUUCCGGGAUAUUCGAGGCUUAUUGGCAGAUCUGCGAAAGUGUGGAGCCAGGACACAGACGACCAUUUCUGAAAUGAAGGAUGCUCGUCGCAAGAAAGAUGAACAGCGUCCUUCCCAAGCUUGCUAUGGCCACCAGGCGGAGUUUGCAGUGUAUCAGGAUCAAAUCGCUGCUCUUACUUCGGAACGUGAUACACUCUCUCGCGAGCUCAAGCGCAGCACUCGAAUGGCGAACUCGAAUGCUUUCUUGCUUAACAGCGUAGAAUUGCAAGCUCAGCGUCUACUCUCCGAGCAUGACGCACUUAUCGCUGAACACCAGCAGGAAAAGGCACGCUCACAGCAACAAAUCUGGGAACUUGAGACCCAACUCGAGGACGCUACCGCAUCAGCUUCUCGAGCCAAGGAACGUUAUGAGGCAGAACACGAACAACUUCUAGAGGUCGAAGAGCAGCUCAAGCUUGAACGCACACAGUCGGCGCAGAACCACAGAGAUCAUGUGGAUGAAAUGCUCAUGCUCUUCAGGGAGAAUGCGGAGCAGGCCAACUUGAUCGAGACUCUCAAUAGGGAUUUCGCAGAGCAACGUACUACGCUCCAGAAGGUGCAUAUUCAACUGGACCUUGCGAACAAUGCACAGGCGAUCAUGGAGCGCAAGCUCCAGUCAAUGGAGAUUGCAUCCCAAGAAGCUCAGGAGAACAUCGAGCUGGGCCACAGUACCCCACCGAAGGCUCAAGGCACCAUUUUUCGAAGCCUCAGCAAGCGCUUGUCGCGAAACGGACCUCGUCAAGUAUUACAUCAAGGAUCCCCACUCGUCACUCAAGAGAUCGUGAAGAAUGAGAAAGCGCAGCCUCCUGUUGCCGUUACCAGCACUUCCUCUUUGCCACCCACCUCCGUUCGCAAGGUCGAUGGCGUCACUUCACAGCACGCCCGUGGGAUGCUUUCGUGCCCACCAGAGAAUCCUCCUGUCUCUAAGCCGUCCCCACCAGAUCUUCCCAGUGACACCUUUGAUGUCUCCACGGCGUCAACCUUUGGUGAUGGUGGCGUGGACUUACUUUUGGAACCGAGCGAGAACGUAAAAGGGGAGGGCAAUGGCUUAGCUACCCUCUACUCGGUGCUGUCAGUGGUCCGCAUGUACGCUCCUAGUCCCAUUCGUGGUCCUCCGGACAUUCAACCUCGACGUCGCAAUGUGGAUCCCUUCAAGAUUUCAGUCCUUUCCGAUGACGUGGCGAAAUCGGACGGCAUCGCUGUGGGACAAACCUGGUCGCUAUUUCAUCUUUGACACAAUCUCAUCUUUUUCUUUUCUUUUGAACGUUCUCUCUGAUUUUCUUUCUCUUCUCUUCUGAGAGAACGACAAGCAUUAUUUCUUUUUUUUUUCUUUUUUUCUUCUCUUCUUCUCAGGAGAUAGCAGACAGGUCAAAACAACAAAAAUAGGUGGGAUCGACAGUAUGGUUGGGGUUAUAGCCUUGUACAGCUUUCAUUAUUUUAUUCCUUAGAUAAGUACCAAAAACAGGGAGGGUCGCGGCCGCGCGCGGUAGUGCAUAUUUUAAUUUCAUUUGUAUUGGAAAAGAA